AUUUGGAAAAAUAAAAGAAAAAUGGUAAAGCCCUAUAUGACCGAAAGCAGAGACGGAGAGAGGAGGCGCUGAAGAGAUAAACGAUAAAUCUUCAAUGGAGAAGAUCGAGCACUCCACCAUCGCCGCCAAUGGCAUUACCAUCCACGUCGCUUCCGUCGGCUCCGGCCCGGCGGUUCUCCUUCUCCACGGUUUCCCGGAGCUAUGGUACUCAUGGCGCCACCAGCUCCUCUUCCUCGCCUCCAAGGGCUACCGCGCCAUCGCCCCCGAUCUCCGCGGCUUCGGCGACUCCGACGCGCCGCCGUCUCCCUCCUCCUAUACUCCUCUCCACAUCGUCGGCGACCUCGUCGCCCUCCUCGACCAUCUCGGAAUCGAUCUAGUUUUCUUGGUAGGCCACGAUUGGGGCGCGAUGAUGGCCUGGCACUUCUGCUUGCUCAGGCCCGAUCGAGUCAAGGCUUUGGUCAAUUUGAGUGUACAUUUUAUGCCUCGGAAUCCGGCGAUGUCGCCUCUCGAUGGAAUGCGGUUAUUGCUCGGCGAUGAUUUCUACGUGUGUAGAUUUCAGGAACCGGGAGCGGCUGAAGCCGAUUUCGGAUCUGUUGAUACGGCUACGAUGAUGAAGAAAUUCCUCACAAUGAGAGAUCCACGCCCUCCGAUCAUUCCGAACGGAUUCCGAUCGCUGGAGACUCCACAAGCCCUGCCUCCGUGGUUAACGGAGGAGGACAUCGAUUAUUUCGCCGCGAAAUUCGCCAAAACUGGCUUCACCGGUGGCUUCAACUACUACCGCGCUAUUGGCCGAACCUGGGAACUCACGGCACCAUGGACUGGAUCGAAAAUCAAAGUUCCGGCGAAAUUCAUAGUGGGGGAUCUGGAUAUGGUGUACCAUUUGCCAGAUGCGAAGGAGUAUAUUCACGGCGGCGGAUUCAAGGAGGACGUGCCGCUUCUGGAAGAAGUGGUGGUGAUUGAGGGAGCAGCUCACUUUAUCAACCAAGAAAAGCCAGAUGAAAUAAGCUCCCUCAUCUAUGACUUUAUUAAGAAGUUCUGAUUUCUCUUUAUUUGUUCCUCCGCUUGCUAUGAACUCUGAUUUCUGUUAAUAUUAAGUUAUGUAAUUUCAUAGUGUUGAUCAAAUCAUCAAUAUAUGUUUCUAAAACGUAUUGUAUUUUUGCAAA